AUGAAGACCAGGGGGUUCAGCUUUCCAAGACAAAGGCAAGUCCUGUUUCUUUUUCUUUUUUGGGGAGUGUCCUUGGCAGGUUCUGGGUUUGGACGUUAUUCGGUGACUGAGGAAACAGAGAAAGGAUCCUUUGUGGUCAAUCUGGCAAAGGAUCUGGGACUAGCAGAGGGGAAGCUGGCUGCAAGGGGAACCAGGGUGGUUUCCGAUGAUAACAAACAAUACCUGCUCCUGGAUUCACAUACCGGGAAUUUGCUCACAAAUGAGAAACUGGACCGAGAGAAGCUGUGUGGCCCUAAAGAGCCCUGUAUGCUGUAUUUCCAAAUUUUAAUGGAUGAUCCCUUUCAGAUUUACCGGGCUGAGCUGAGAGUCAGGGAUAUAAAUGAUCACUCGCCAGUGUUUCGGCACAAAGAGAUGGUCUUAAAAAUAUCAGAAAAUACAGCUGAAGGGACAGCAUUUAGACUAGAAAGAGCACAGGAUCCAGAUGAAGGUCAUAACAGUAUCCAAAACUACACGAUCAGCCCCAACUCUUUUUUCCAUAUUAAAAUUAGUGGCAGUGAUGAAGGCAUGAUAUAUCCAGAGCUAGUGUUGGACAAAGCACUGGAUCGGGAGGAGCAGGAAGAGCUCAGCUUAACCCUCACAGCGCUGGAUGGUGGGUCUCCAUCCAGGUCUGGGACCUCCACUAUACGCAUUGUGGUCUUGGAUGUCAAUGACAAUGCCCCACAGUUUGCCCAGGCUCUGUAUGAGACCCAGGCUCCAGAAAACAGUCCAGUAGGGUCCCUUAUUGUUAAAGUGUCUGCAGGAGAUGCAGACUCAGGAGUCAAUGCAGAAGUAUCCUAUUCAUUUUUUGAUGCUUCUGAAGAUAUUUUAACAACGUUUCAAAUCAAUCCUUCUUCUGGGGAAAUCUUUCUCAGAGAAUUGCUUGAUUAUGAGUUAGUAAAUUCUUACAAAAUAAAUAUACAGGCAAUGGACGGCGGAGGCCUUUCUGCAAGAUGUACAGUUUUGAUAAAAGUAUUAGAUUCCAAUGACAAUCCUCCUGAACUGAUCAUAUCAUCACUUUCCAACUCUGUUGCUGAAAACUCUCCUGGGAUAGUAUUGGCUGUUUUUAAGAUUAAAGACAGAGACUCCGGAGAAAAUGGAAAGACAAUUUGCUAUGUUCAAGAUAAUCUGCCUUUUUUUCUGAAACCGUCUGUUGACAAUUUUUACAUCCUAAUGACUGAAGGUGCACUGGACAGAGAGAGCAAAGCUGAGUACAACAUCACCAUCACCGUCACUGACUUGGGGACACCCAGGCUGAAAACCGAGCACAGCAUAACCCUGCAGGUCUCCGACGUCAAUGACAACGCCCCCGCCUUCACCCAAACCUCCUACACCCUGUUCGUCCGCGAGAACAACAGCCCCGCCCUGCACGUCGGCAGUGUCAGCCCUACAGACGGAGACUCAGGCACCAACGCCCAGGUCACCUACUCGCUGCUGCCGCCCCAGGACCCGCACCUGCCCCUCGCCUCCCUGGUCUCCAUCAACGCGGACAACGGCCACCUGUUCGCUCUCAGGUCGCUGGACUACGAAGCCCUGCAGGCGUUCGAGUUUCGCGUGGGCGCCACAGACCGCGGCUCCCCGGCGCUGAGCAGCGAGGCGCUGGUGCGCGUGCUGGUGCUGGACGCCAACGACAACUCGCCCUUCGUGCUGUACCCGCUGCAGAACGGCUCUGCACCCUGCACCGAGCUGGUGCCCCGGGCGGCCGAGCCGGGCUACCUGGUGACCAAGGUGGUGGCGGUGGACGGCGACUCGGGCCAGAACGCCUGGCUGUCGUACCAGCUGCUCAAGGCCACGGAGCCCGGGCUGUUCGGUGUGUGGGCGCACAAUGGGGAGGUGCGCACAACCAGGCUGCUGAGCGAGCGCGACGCAGCCAAGCAGAGGCUGGUGGUGCUGGUGAAGGACAAUGGCGAGCCUCCGCGCUCGGCCACCGCCACGCUGCACGUGCUCCUGGUGGACGGCUUCUCCCAGCCCUACCUGCCUCUCCCGGAGGCGGCCCCGGCCCAGGCCCAGGCCGACUCUCUCACCGUCUACCUGGUGGUGGCGUUGGCCUCGGUGUCGUCGCUCUUCCUCCUCUCGGUUCUCCUGUUCGUGGCGGUGCGGCUGUGCAGGAGGAGCAGGGCGGCCUUGGUGGGUCGCUGCUCGGUGCCCGAGGGUCUUUUUCCAGGGCAUCUGGUGGACGUGAGCGGCACCGGGACCCUGUUCCAGAGCUACCAGUACGAGGUGUGUCUGACUGGAGGUUCAGAGACCGGCGAGUUCAAGUUCUUGAAGCCGAUUACCCGCCACCUCCCGCCCCAUAGGGUUGGGAAAGAAAUAGAGGAAAAUUCUACUCUCCACAAUAGCUUUGGAUUUAAUUAUUGAAAGGAACCCACUUAAUAAAGACAUUUACUUCUUUAAUAUAUUCUUGUUGGCUAACUAAAUUGUGUAUGCCCACCACAAAGAAGGUACUAUUUUUUGUUUGAUUCAUCUUCAACUUUGCGUAUUAUGCUUAACUUCACAAGUUAACUUUUUCUUAUUUUGUAUCCUGAUGAGGCAUUUCUUACUAGAAUCCCAUAAGUGAAAUAUAAUAUUUUUAAAAGUUGAUAUCAUUUAAAAAUUUUUGCUCGUUUUAAAUGUCUUUAUUGACUUUAAAUUCAUUGCCUCUACAUUAUUCAUUAGUUCUUCUUUUCCUAAAACUUUUUACUUGUUAAAAUAGUCUGCUGCAUGUAAUAUGUGCUUUUACUAUUUGAUAUUUCUUCUAUUUUUCUUUUGAAACCGGUGUUCUUAUUGGUUUGCCAUCCUUGUUCAUUACAACUGUUUUUUGUUUGUUUGUUUGUUUUUUGGUUUUUUUUUUUUUUUUUUGAGACGGAAUCUCGCUCUGUCGCCCAGGCUGGAGUGCAGUGGCGCAAUCUCAGCUCACUGCAACCUCCGCCUCCCAGGUUCAAGCGAUUCUCCUGCCUCAGCCUCCAGAGUAUCUGGGACUACAGUUGCAUGUCACCACGUCUGGCUAAUUUUUGUAUUUUCAGUAGAGACGGGUUUCAUCAUGGUGGCCAGGAUGGUCUAUCUCUUGACCUCGUGAUCCACCCCACUCAGCCUCCCAAAUUGCUGGGAUUACAGGCGUGAGCCAUCGCACCCAGCCUACAAUAAUUUUCUUAAACUUUACCUUUUAUUUUAAAGUUCUAGUUUCCCGGCAUUGAUAGUUCCCUAUUUGAAAUAUAAUGUUUCUCUUGUAAGUGAUAUGAUAAAUAAACCCCUAAUUAGCCUUAGAAGAAAAGCCACUGCAAGAUAUUGAGCGUGUGUAAAUGGGCUUUAGUAUGGAAACCAAAAAAAAAAAAAAAAAUUUAGUCAUUCUAUAGGAUCAUGUGAAAAUAUUUAAUUUGCUCCUUUUAAUUCUGUAUAAACAAAUCAGAGGUUCCUGAGGUUCCUGUUAAAUUUUUAAUGGCUAAUAGCCCAGUGCCAUCCAGUUGAAAAAACAAUAGCAAUCACAAAGUAGAGGUUUAUAUUGUGCGGCUUUUAUAUUCAGCUAUUAGAGUGUUAUUGGUAGUGUCUAGCCUUUUCCUCCAUGACAUUCCUUGACUUAAUCUAUUUGGGCCUAUUAUAGAAAAAAUAGAGCUUCUUUCUAGAUAUAAGGUCUUUGAGGCAGGGCUCAGUGGCUCAUUCCUGUAAUCCCAGCACUUUGGGAGGCCAAGGCGGGCAGAUCACCUUAGGUCACGAGUUUGAGACCAGCCUGACCAACAUUAAGUAACCCCGUCUUUACUAAAAAUACAAAAUUAGCCAGGCAUGGUGGCACAUGCUUGUAAUCCCAGCUACUUGGGAGGCUGAGGCAGGAGAAUCGCUUGAACCCAGGAGGUGGAAGUUGCUUUGAGCCGAGAUUGCACCAUUGUACUCCAGCCUGGGCAAUAAGAGCAAAACUCCAUCAAAAUAAAAUAAAAUAAAAUAUAAAAUAAUUUAAAAAGAACUUUGAAUAAAAUUCUAUGAAAAAAGACACUAUAAUGCUGUUCUUAAUUUUAAUAGUGUUAAGAUAGGUGUUAGUGUGGUCUAUUCUUUACCUCCCUUUAUUUGGUGCAGAGAAGUUAGAUCCUGCUAAAUUUCAGUUAAGAGGGGACCUUAAAAUAAGAAUCAAUCUCUUAUUUAACCCUGUAAGUUACUUUAAAGCUAAUACAAGAAAAACAAAGACAAGUGAAAGUAAGGAAACAGAAAUUGC